AUGAGUGCUAAGAAUAAAGUGCAUGUGUUUGUCCGAGUCAAGCCUACUGAUAACUUUGCACAUGACAUGAUCAGAUACGGAGAUGACAAAAAAAGCAUUGCUAUUCACUUAAAAAAAGAUACUAGAAAAGGAGUUGUCAAUAACCAGCAGACAGACUGGUCGUUCAAGCUGGACGGAGUUCUCCAUGACGCCUCUCAGGACUUGGUGUAUGAGACAGUCGCAAAGGAUGUGGUUUCACGGGCACUAGAAGGCUAUAAUGGCACCAUCAUGUGUUACGGGCAAACAGGAGCCGGCAAGACAUACACCAUGAUCGGGGCAACUAAGAAUUACACUCAACGGGGGAUCCUCCCUCGGGCCCUGCAGCAGGUUUUUAAGAUGAUUGACGAACGCCCCACACAUGACAUUACUGUGCACGUUUCCUAUGUGGAAAUCUAUAAUGAGAGCAUGUUUGAUCUCCUGUCCAACCUGUCCUAUGCUGGAUCCGCAAAAACCCCAAUGGCCAUCCUGGAAAACCCACAAGGAGUCUACAUUAAGGGCUUGUCGGUCCACCACACACAACAGGAGGAGGAUGCAUUCAUUUUCCUUUUUGAGGGAGAAACCAACAAGAUUAUUACCUCCCACACACUGAACAAAAAUUCUUCCAGGUCACACUGCAUUUUCACCAUCUACGUGGAGGCCCAUUCACGGACGCUGUCAGAAGAAAAGUACAUCACUUCCAAAAUUAACUUAGUGGACCUAGCAGGCUCCGAGCGGAUGGAGAAGACUGGGUCCAGGGCCCAAAACCUGAAGGAAACCAACUACAUCAACAAGUCCCUGUCAUUCCUGGAGCAGGCCAUCAUCGCCCUCGGGGAGCAGAAGAGGGACCACAUCCCCUUCCGGCAGUGCAAGCUCACCCACGUUCUGAAGGACUCAUUAGGAGGAAACUGCAAUAUGGUCCUUGUGACAAAUGUCUAUGGAGAAGCCUCCCAGUUAGAAGAGACGCUAUCUUCCCUGAGAUUCGCCAGCAGGAUGAAACUCAUCCCCACUGAGCCAGCUAUCAAUGAAAGAUAUGACGCUAAGCGGAUGGUGAAGAACCUGGAGAAGGAGCUAGCACUUCUCAAGCAGGAGCUGGCCAUCCAUGACAGCCUGGCCAGCCGCACCCUUGUGACCUACGACCCCCUGGAUGAAAUCCAGAUUGCCGAGAUCAACUCCCAGGUUCGAAGAUACUUGGAGGGGACGCUGGAUGAGAUUGAUAUAAUCAACCUUAGACAGAUCCGAGAGGUGUUCAACCAGUUCCGAGUGGUACUAAGCCAACAGGAACAGGAUGUGGAGGCCACUUUGCGCAGGAAGUACACGCUCAUAGACAAGAAUGACUUUGCAGCCAUUUCUGCUGUCCAGAAGGCGGGGCUGACAGAUGCUGAAGGCCACCUUGUAGGUGAAUCUGAUGGACAGAGCUUUGGGCUGGGCGUUGCCCCUUUUUCUACCAAACCUGGAAAGAAAUCGAAGGCCAGGAAGACGUUCAAAGACGUGGCCACUGCUUCAACAAAAAAGGAAGAUGCCAGCAGCCCUGGAAGUACCAAGGAUAUGGAGACAAAUACUCUCUCCAGGACUCAGCUGCUCACAUCUCCCAAGGAUGGAGAGGUCAAAGACGUGCUUGUGCAAGAACGGGAGAUCUCCAGCAACGAGCCCCUCCCCUCAGACUCCCCAAGGGAGGAUUUACAUCCAACAAGGCCCACCACCCCACCCUCCAAAUCUGUGGCCUUUGAGGAAUUUAAGAGUGAGCGAGGUAGUGAGAUCAAUCGCAUCUUCAAAGAUAACAAGUCCAUCCUGAAUGAGCGGAGGAAAAGGGCCAGCGAGACCACACAACGCAUCAAUGCCAUCAAGCGGGAGAUCGAUGUGACCAAGGAGGCACUGAAUUUCAAGAAGUUACUGCAAGAGAAGCAAGACGAGUAUGAGAAUGAGAACAAGGGACUGAUGAUCAUCGAUGAGGAGGAAUUCCUGCUGCUCCAGAAGCUCAAAGACCUCAAGAUGCAGUACCGUAGCGAGUACCAGGACCUGCAGGACCUCAGGGCCGAGAUGCAGUACUGUCAGCACCUGGUGGACCAGUGUCGCCACCGCCUGCUCACAGAAUUUGACAUCUGGUACAGUGAGUCCUUCUCCAUCCCCAAGGACGUACAAGAGGCACCAAAGCCCCCCAAUAGCAUCCAACUGGACACAGAGCCUACCAACAGGCUCAUGUCUCUGGGAGAAGAUGAACAGGAGAAAUACAGAAAGCUGCAGCAGAGUGUGCUGCUCGAGGGCCCUGAAUCCAUCUCCUUCUACAAUGCCAAAUUCAAGGUAGAACAAAAGACCUUGGUUAUCCCCACAGGACAGUGUGGGGCUGCCUUCCGCCUGGACUUGUCUCCAGCUGAAGAGCAAAGAAUUAAUAACCCUUUUGCAGGACGGUGCGUGCACGCUCUCAGGAGCCACGCAGAGCGGUACGUGGCCUUUCUGGUUUCUUUUCGGGGGGGGCACAGUCCCCAGGUAAAGGGGUGUCCAAGAAGGCGUCGUUCCGAGCGGGGAGGUGGGGACAGAAGGCCCAUCGGGCUGCAGGAGGAAGAAGGGGGCGACCCGGGAUCCCCGCCUCGGAGCGAUUCCCCGCGGGCUACGCUUCCACACUUGGCCGAGGAGGCGCGAGAUGAAAUGGCAAGAGUGAACGAAUCCGGCGGGAGGGCGCCGGCGGGACUAGGCCGCCGAUCCUCGGGCUCAGGUGGAAAGCCAGCCCGUGGGUCGCGCGCGCAGCGGCGGCGACCUGGACCGGAAGGACCUCCCGCGCGCCGCUUGGCUCUGGGCCGCGGAGGGGCCGGCGCUCUGCACUCGGGAGUUGCUUUUUCCCUGCAGGCAGCUCGAUCCUGGCCCCGGGCGCGUCCAGCUUCUGCCCCGUGGGCGCUGGGGUUUUGUCGUGGUGGCGAGGUCUGCGUGGCCCCGCUUGUGGAGGUGACACCGGGCUUGUUUUUCCCCCUUGAAAAUGAAAGCCCUUCGGAGGGGCCUGCAUGCUCCUCCAGAUUAAAGGAUUUGCAUGCACACUUUCGGACGCCCGCCUUCCCUGCGAACUGGGACCUUUUUACCCUAAAUGGAUGA